GAACAGCGGAGCAUUUUAGAUGAGGCAGACAUUGUGCAUUAUGUGAGCUGAUAUUUGAGGAGUACAGACUUCCACUUGAUACAUCCUUUACAAAAUCAAAGAGCCAUCAUCGUUCUUCUUUGGAUUUUCAUCCCGUGUAUUGCCUCGAGUCUGGUGCUGGGAUUUCUGUGAGAAAAGAAUUUCCGUGUUUUUUCUUGGACCAUGGCUCUUGGAUUAUCGUCCUACAGUCGCUGCGUGAAAUGGCGCUCUGGUUGCGGACAAAACUGGCAGCUUUUCCUUUUCCUCUUUUACCUCAGCCAUGUGGUCAGCGGACAUAUACGAUAUUCAAUCCCAGAGGAGAUGAAGAAAGGCUCCCUCAUCGGUAAUGUAGCACAGGAUCUCGGUUUGGAUCUAAAACGUCUUCGUAGUGGUCGGGCCCGUAUCGUGACCGGAGAAAGCAUCCAGUACACCGAGCUGAAGACAGACAAAGGGACUCUGGUCGUGAAUGAGAGGAUAGACAGGGAGCAGCUCUGUGGAGACACGACUCCGUGUAGCUUCAGCUUCGAGGUGAUUUUAGAAAACCCGAUGGAGCUCCAUCAAAUAACAGUGGAAAUCACAGACAUAAAUGAUCACGCACCAAGUUUUAAACGAGAUAAAAUCCAUUUUGAAAUUAGCGAAACAGCAAAUACUGGCGCUCGCUUUCCGUUGACUAGUGCAGAAGACCAAGAUGUGGGAGUCAAUGGACUCAGAGAAUAUUUCCUGACCGAGAAUGAGAAUUUUGCUCUGAAACAAAACUCAAAUGCAGACGGUAAGAAAUAUGCAGAGAUGGUGUUACAGAAGCCUUUAGACAGGGAGACAAAUCCCAGCCUGUCUCUAAAGCUGAUAGCUGUAGAUGGUGGAAGUCCGCAGAGGUCUGGUACUGUAAAUAUAGAUAUUACUGUUCUGGAUGUCAAUGAUAAUGCACCUGUAUUUAAUCAAUCCGUGUACAAAGCUACAGUGAUGGAAAAUUCACCUAAAGAUACCUAUGUAACUACUGUUAAUGCUAGCGACGCAGAUUUUGGUUCAAAUAGUGUUAUUGGAUACUAUUUUUCAGAACAUAGCAGUGAUCUCAGUGAUUUGUUCACAAUAGAUGAAAAAUCUGGAAUAAUUUUAGUGAAAGGUUCUAUUGAUUAUGAAAAAGAUAAGAAAUUUGAACUUGGGCUUGCGGCAAAAGAUCAGGGAGGUUUGACAGAUUCAUGUAAAGUAAUAAUCGAAGUAAUUGAUGUGAAUGACAACAAACCCACUGUUAGCGUGAUGUCCUUCACUAGUCCUGUGUCAGAGGAUUCUCCUCCAGGUACAACUAUUGGCAUUAUUAAUGUUAAAGAUCUUGAUUCAGGUGAUAAUGGACUUGUUAACUGUAGAAUUGAACAAAAUGCACCUUUCAAGAUUAAAUCUAAUUUAAGGAAUUACUACACUUUGGUCACAGAUACUGUAUUAGAUCGUGAAAGUGUUUCAGAGUAUAACAUCACUGUAGUAGCGACAGAUGCAGGUCUUCCCCCUCUCACCACAAAACGAACUUUUCAUUUGAAGGUCUCUGAUGUGAACGAUAAUGCUCCUGUGUUUCCAAAAGUUAGUUAUAGUGCGUUUAUUACAGAGAAUAACUCUCCAGGAGUGUCUGUUGUCACACUGAGGGCAGAAGAUCCGGACGAGAACCAAAACUCCAGAAUAUCGUAUAUCCUAGUAGACACUAAUAUCGGCGGGGCUCCAGUGUCUGAUUAUGUCUCAGUAAAUGCAGAAAGCGGGGUAGUGCACUCUGUGCGCUCGUUUGAUUAUGAGCAAAUUAAACAGCUGGUUUUCGUGGUCAAAGCUCAGGAUGGAGGCUCCCCUCCACUCAGCAGCAACGUGACAGUGAAACUAAUAAUCCAGGACCAGAACGACAACCCCCCUCAGGUGCUCUACCCGGUCCAGACUGGUGGUUCUCUGGUGGCUGAGAUGGUUCCUCGUGCAGCAGAUGUGGGCUAUCUGGUGACUAAAGUGGUUGCUGUGGAUGUGGACUCUGGACAGAAUGCCUGGCUGUCGUAUAAACUGCAGAAAGCCACAGACAGGGCGCUGUUUGAAGUGGGCUUACAGAAUGGAGAAAUCCGAACUAUCCGCCAAGUGAGUGAUAAAGAUGCUGUGAAACAAAGACUGACUGUGAUAGUGGAGGACAACGGGCAGCCGUCUCGUUCAGCUACAGUCAUUGUGAACGUGGCGGUGGCGGACAGCUUCCCUGAAGUGCUGUCAGAGUUCACUGACUUUACACACGACAAGGAGUACAAUGACAACCUGACUUUUUACUUAGUGCUGGCUUUGGCUGUAGUGUCCUUCCUCUUCAUCACGUGUUUGGUGGUCAUUAUAUCAGUGAAAAUCUACAGAUGGAGACAGUCUCGUAUCCUGUAUCACUCCAGUCUUCCAGUGAUUCCCUAUUAUCCUCCACGUUACUCAGACACUCUGGGCACAGGGACUCUUCCACACGUGUACAAUUACGAGGUGUGCAGGACGACUGACUCGAGAAAGAGUGACUGUAAGUUCGGCAGAGCUGGUAGUCAGAACGUGCUGAUAAUGGACCCCAGUUCUACAGGGACCAUGCAGAGGAUUCAGAGUGAGAAGAGCAUCCUGGAUGAACCAGACUCUCCUCUCGAGGUCAGUAUCUAAACUGAGUUUUUCCUUUUGAGUCUCCUCUGGGUAGUUCGGCCGUCCAACAACUGGAAGGUUGGAGGUUCGAUUCCCCCCUCCCUAGUCUGUCCGUUGUGUCCUUGGGCAAGAGACUUAACCUUCCUCGCACCUAGUAUGUGUUUGUGUGUGUGUCCUCCUCUGGUGUCAUUUGUAUGUACGUCACUUGGAUAAUAGUGCCUGUUUGACGACAUUGUGAUCAUUGUAAUCUUCCUUUUAUCUAUCUGCUCUUUCUUUCCAAAUGACGUUCCUUACUUCACAUUCAGCACCAUGGAUAGCACCUUUGUUACUUUUAUUGUUCCUGACAAUUUUGAUGAUAAUUUUGAACCUUUAAAGAACAUCUUUGACCCCA